CUCCGCCCAUGCCGACGCCGGCCGCCCGCCCGGGACGCCCUCGCCUGAGGGCCAGCUAAGCGCGGGCCGGCGCGGGGUGGGCCCGGCCGGGCGCUGCCCUCGACAGCGGCAAGUUUGGGAGUUGCACUAGUUUGCGGGGUCGCGGGGCACAGGCCGCGCGGGGGGCUAUGGAGGAGGACCCGGGGUCGGCCGCCGAGUCGGUGCUGGACAAGAACGUGGCGGAGCUGACCGUCAUGGACGUGUACGACAUCGCGUCGCUGGUGGGCCACGAGUUCGAGCGGGUCAUCGACCAGCACGGCUGCGAGGCCAUCGCGCGCCUCAUGCCCAAGGUCGUGCGCGUCCUGGAGAUCCUGGAGGUGCUGGUCAGCCGCCACCACGUCGCGCCCGAGCUGGACGAGCUGCGCCUGGAGCUGGACCGUCUGCGCCUGGAGAGGAUGGACCGCAUCGAGAAGGAGCGCAAACACCAGAAGGAGCUGGAGCUGGUGGAGGACGUGUGGCGGGGGGAGGCGCAGGACCUGCUGUCCCAGAUCGCCCAGCUGCAGGAAGAGAACAAGCAGCUGAUGACCAACCUCUCGCACAAGGACGUCAGCCUGUCGGAGGAGGAGUUCCAGAAGCACGAAGGCAUGUCGGAGCGGGAGCGGCAGGUGAUGAAGAAGCUGAAGGAGGUGGUGGACAAGCAGCGCGACGAGAUCCGCGCCAAGGACCGGGAGCUCGGCCUGAAGAACGAGGACGUGGAGGCCCUGCAGCAGCAGCAGACCCGGCUGAUGAAGAUCAACCACGACCUGCGGCACCGCGUCACCGUGGUGGAGGCCCAGGGCAAGGCCCUGAUCGAGCAGAAGGUGGAGCUGGAGGCUGACCUGCAGACCAAGGAGCAGGAGAUGGGCAGCCUGCGGGCCGAGCUCGGGAAGCUGCGGGAGCGGCUGCAGGGAGAGCUCAGCCAGAACGGCGAGCAGGAGCCCGAGGCGGAGCCCGGCGGGGAGGAGAGCGUCUCGGAGGCGGAGAAGGCGGCCAUGGAGCUCAAGGACCCCAACCGCCCCCGAUUCACGCUGCAGGAGCUGCGGGACGUGCUGCACGAGAGGAAUGAGCUCAAGUCCAAGGUGUUUUUGUUGCAGGAGGAGCUGGCGUACUAUAAGAGCGAAGAAAUAGAAGAGGAGAACCGAAUGCUCCAGCCUCCGCCCGUCGCCCACCCGAGAAUGUCCCCCCAGCCGGAGUCCGGCAUCAAGCGACUUAAAGAAGGUCCUUUAAGUGACGGGUUUAGCUUCUUCUCGCGGGAUAAGAAGCGUCUGGCCAACACGCAGAGGACCGUGCACACCCAGGAGUCCUUCGGCCAGUGGGCCAACUCCCACCGUGACGACGGUUACACGGAGCAAGGACAGGAGGCCCUGCAGCACCUGUGACCGUGGCCCUCGGACCCGAACCAGCCGCCGCCGCCGCCGCCCGGACGUGACCUGGCAGCCCCGGUGUCACUGCCUCGCACGCCUCUCGGUCCGGGCGCGCCCUCAAAACUGACCCCUCAGACCCGCUGCUUUGAGGAAGCACACUGAAAACCUGACGCCGAACUCUGCAGAAACAUUUAUUUAUACCCGGGGCUACCGCCGUUUGUAGUAGAUGACUUGGAUCCCUUAGGAUACAUAUUUAAUGAGACUGGGAGUGAAGGCCAGACUUUUGCAUUAACUUCAGUAACACAAGCUUCUUGAAGCCAAAUACGUCACUCGCCGCCGUGUAACGGCUGUUGGGCUGCUCGGUAUGAAACUCUGUGGCCAGAGGUUUUGUUACCGCAUUUGACCUUCUUGAGUGGGAGCGGUAGGUGCUCAUUCCUUACGUUCUUGAGAUUGUCACGGGGAUUGCAUUUGCGUAGGGUGGACCCGGGAGACAUGCGGGGCCUCCAAAGUCACAGGACGAAGACACAAAGCGGCAGAAAAGGUGGACAGGGUUCCUCCCGCCCAGAGACUGGGAACAGCUUUGCAGGAGCCAGUGCUUCCCUCUGGCCCCUGGUCACUGAUCGUGCCUGAGCCGCCCAAGGCCGGGGCUGGGGGCCUGGGAUCCGCUGGGAGUUACACGCAGCACUAACCAGCCAAACAGUUGCUAAGGAUGAGAUUGCAACAUUUCUCGUGUGGGUUUUUUUUUUUUCACUUGGCAUCUUUUCUCCUUUUACCCCUCACUACGUCAAAUACCUAGCCCCCGCCUCCCCCGCCCCCGUGAGGAAGACAAGUGUCCCACAGCAGGUUGGGAACAGGGAGCUAGAGCCCGGGGUGGAGGAUGGUGAGUGGGGGAGACCUGUGAGAGCGGGGGCAGGGGCGGGUGAAAAGUGGGAGGGUGGUGAGUGGGGGAGCCGGCGGCCCCCUCUGCAGCUGGCGAGUUGGGGCUCUGCCCAAACGAUGCUCUUUCCCUCCACCCACUGAGCACGCAGGGCGGCGGGCUGGGUGCUCGCGGAUGGGGAGAGGUGGCAUUUCCUGACGGGGGACACACGCACAUGGGACGAGGCCCCUUUUUAACACACUCCACUCUGGUCAGCUAAGAAACAAACCGUGGGGUCAGCUUAUCGUAGUCUCCAGGCUGUUCCCGGCUUGCUGACGGCACCCGUCAGACAGGAUGGCGUUGCUGGGCAGCAAGGUUCUCAAAGCUGACUGCCCGUUAGAGUCACAAGUUUGUUCUCAGAAGCGUGUGCGCUGAGGAAUCCCGCCACCCCCCCAGCCCCUGACCACCUUUGGUCACCCUCCCAGGGGUAACCAGGAUUGCCAGUUCCUUGGUUGUCUUUUCUGAAAUCAUUUAUAAACCUGCAUGCAAUUGUGUAAAAAAAACAAAACAUAUAUUUUCAUUCUUUCACAUAAAUGGCAGCAUCCUCUA